UCAGAGUGGGAUGUAGAUUUGUGAGAGGAUCUCUGCACCAGUGUUUUUUUCUGGACUGGAGGAUAUGGUGGACGCCAGUCUGCUGGAAGCCGUUUUGAUGGACACAAUUUUUUAUUGAUGAGAAGAAGAAAAGUCUACUGCAAGAUUUUUUCGGAUUUUUGCAGAGGGAUGGGACUCAAUCACUUCUUGUUUCUGCUGUUCUGUGCAGCCGCCCUCUCUGCCUCUACAGUUUUUGGUUUAGAUGAGAGCAGCGAGGCGUUCAAGUGGACCAGGCAGAGCCUCCCGGUGCUGCAGGACACACACACAGAGCUUUUAAGCCCUCCUUUGUUCAGAGGGCAGGAGGAGGACAGGGCGAGAGGAGGGACAGAGACACUAUGUGGAAUAGAGUGUCAAAGCAAACAACCACCUGUGGACCAGACAGAACAGGAGAGGAUACUGGGAUAUGAGACAAUGUAUGAGAACGGCACUUGCACACACACAGAUAUCAGUUUGAAGGGUUUUAACAAAACAUCUGCAGGUAAACCAGCACGUUCAUCAGCUCGUACCCGCACGAGACGGCAGGUUUAUGGAGCAGACGGGCGCUUUGUCAUCUCUGACUCUCAUUUUAUCACCAACUAUCCUUUUUCCACUGCUGUCCGUCUCUCCAUAGGCUGCUCUGGAGUCCUAAUAUCCCCAAAACAUGUGCUAACAGCGGCUCACUGCAUUCACAACGGGAAAGACUACCUAGCAGGUGCUAUAAAUCUUAGAGCUGGGGUGCUACAGCUCAAAACCAAGAGAAGAAGAGGAGGGAAGAGGAGAGGAGGGCGACAGAGGGAUGGGAGGAAGGAAGGAGGGGAGGGCCAGAUAAUGGAGGAAGCUGAAGAGCAGAAUAGUGUAGAUGGAGAUGGAGAGAGAAGGAGAAAGGGAGACAAAGGCAGGAGGCGCAGAGGAAGAAAGGAGGAUGAGGAAGGGGUAGCUGAUCAUGGAAAUGUAGAUGAGUUAGCAGGUGAAAGACGAGGGAAACCGAAAAGUCUCAACCGUGUGCAACGCAACGCUGAAAACAGGAAGCAGCCUGUUUUUCGUUGGACACGUGUUAAACAAAUGAAAAUCCCUCAAGGGUGGAUCCAAAGCAAGAGCUCUUCCAACUCAGUGUCCUCCGACUACGAUUAUGCACUCCUGGAGCUGAGACGACCCCUCAAACAGAAGUACAUGCAGCUUGGGGUGGCGCCCUCAGCAGCACCCCUAACGCGCAUUCACUUCUCAGGCUACGACACGGACAAAAGCCUGCUGGACGGACAUGAGAAAGUGGUGUAUCGUUUUUGUUCAGUGUCAAACGAGUCCGACGAUUUGAUUUACCAGCACUGUGAUGCUAAGGUGGGCGCUACAGGGGCGGGUGUGUACAUUCGUCUGAGACAGGAAGAGGGAGACAUAGGGAGGAAAGGGAAGUGGCAGCGGAGGGUGAUCGGAGUGUUCUCAGGCCAUCAGUGGGUGGAGGUGGAAGGGGGUGUGCAGAAAGACUUUAAUGUCGCAGUGAGAAUUACUCCACCCAAAUAUGCCCAGAUCUGCCACUGGAUCCAUGGAGAUCCAAGUCACUGUAAAGAGGUGUGACUGCAAAGCGACUGAUUCAGUGAUACGUGUCAAGCUUUAUGUCCAAGCUUUAAAAAUAAUCUGAAGAUAAAAGUAGGACCUAAACGCUUUGUACACAGAAUCUAGAGUAACAUUUGUUUUUUUUUGGCUUAAAACCUGAAAACUGCAGUGUCAUGGCUACCCAAAAUGCCUUUCAUGAAGCAUUAAACAUCCAAUGGCAUGCCUUAGUCAUGGCUGCAUCACAGUUUUGUACAACAUAAAGUUUGGGUUAUUUUAAAUAUGAGAGUGUAAGAGUGAUAUACAACUACGGAAAUUAACCCAUUUUAAGAAAUACCGAUCUGUGUAGGUCUAUAAAAUGUAAGUGUCUUAUAAAAGUGUGUGAUCUUUUUCAACAGACCCCAAAAACACAUUUCAUCAUAUGAGAUUACAUUGCCCUUUAUAAAAUGAUCAGAAUCACAACAGAACAAAAAUCGAUAUAGUACACCAGAAAUAUGUUUUUUUAUUCCUCUGUUCCAAUAUAGGAUAUUACCCAUAAUGCAUCUUAGACUUAAUCUUAACUUAAUGUCUAACAGUUUGUUAUGUUUGUUGCGGCUAAUGAAUCCCAAGCUGCUAGCCUUGGGCAGAUAUGAGGAGUGGGCCGUAGAUCCGGAAAGCACGGAUCUUUUUCAUUUUCAGACCCGCUCUGACAUCACCAGAGGUUUUAUUUGUUGCACCCAUGUCCCUGUUUCUGGAUCUAUGACCUUUCCCUUUCCCAUUCCCAUCAGAUCUCUUUGCGUCUUUUGAAAACCAUGUGCAGUUAAUAAUCGUGAAUGACUCAAAAUGUUCUCACCAGAUGAAACUGUAAAAAUGAAAGGAAAACUUUACUCCUAUCAUGCGUAUACAUUGCCUAUAUUUCUUUGUAUGAAAGCAUUCAUGAGUAAAUCCAGUGCUAUUUGUGUUAAAUAGUAGGUUUACAUAACAUAUAGAUUUUCUAUUGUUAAAAGUAAGUGACAUCAUGUUAUUGCAAUGUAUGUCUGUUACUGUGCUUAAAGGAUUUUCAUGCCACAAACACAUUUUCUUUUUCAUGCUGACCACAAAUAAAACUGUUUUCAAACAA